UGCAGUUUCCUCUCUUGGACUUAUCGAAGUAUCGAACGAAAUGGUUGGACCGGGCCGCCCUCAGAUCGUCCUCUUCGGUUCAUCCAUUGUGCAGCUUAGCUACAGCAAUGGAGGCUGGGGUGCAAUCCUCUCUGACCUCUACUCUCGAAAGGCAGAUAUAUUGGUUCGUGGAUAUGGUGGGUGGAACUCCAGGGGUGCUCUUCAAGUUCUGGAACAAGUUUUCCCCAAGGAUGCAGCUGUGCAACCUUCUCUAGUGAUAGUUUACUUUGGUGGAAAUGAUUCAGUUCGUCCUCAUCCCAAUGGCCAAAAUGCCCAUGUUCCUCUUCCUGAAUAUGUGGAAAACAUGAGGAAGAUUGCUACUCAUCUCAAGAGCCUUUCGGAGAAGACACGGGUAAUAUUCCUCAGUGCUCCUCCUGUCAACGAGGCACAAAUUUUCGAACGCUAUGGCAGCCACACUAACCGGACAAAUGAGUUAUGCCACAAAUAUUCAGAAGCUUGCAUAGAAGUGUGCCAUGAGUUGGAUGUGAAGGUUGUAGAUCUUUGGACUGCCUUACAGCAGCGAGAAGAUUGGAUGACUGCUUGUUUUCUGGACGGAAUCCAUUUAUCAAGUGAGGGGAGCAAGAUUGUGGCUAAGGAAAUCUUGAAGGUGUUGAAGGAGGCUGAGUGGAAACCGAGUCUGCAUUGGAGGUCAAUGGUUAGUGAAUUUCGGGAGUGUUUACCAUUCACCCCUGCUGCUAAUUCCAAUGGGAACAGCCACCCUGUUGAUGAGCCGCCUGUGUUACCCUGGCAAACCCAGUGGGAGUAGAAUAUAUAGUAGAACUCGCCAGCCGGCCGGGACUCUCCCCCUAUUUACAUUAUCUAUCGCAACCUGUUUCACUUAGUCUUCAAAACUUCUUUAGUUUAAUGCUCCGUAGCAUGCAUUACCAUUCUCAUAUUCUGUGUUGUGGACCUGCGUUCACUGUUGUAAAACAUUUACAACAUUUCAUUAAUAAUAAUCAAACAUUGUUAACA